AUGUCAAGCAGCUUGACUGUACUUGGUACCCUCUGGGCACUGCUGUCAUUUCUCUCAGCAGCUACAAGCUGUACAAGCUUUUUCAUGCCCUACUGGCUCUAUGGCUUCCAAAUGGGAAAACCAGUUUCAUUCAGCACUUUUCGAAGGUGCACCUACCCAGUUCAAAUGGAUGAAAAGAACACAGUGAUGCUGGAAGAGUGUGGAAGAUAUGCCAGCUUCGGUGCCAUCCCCAGCCUAUCCUGGCAGAUCUGCACCCUGGUGAUUGGUAUUGGCUGUGCUUUACUGCUGCUGGUGUCCAUAGCUUCUGUUUUAGGCUGCUGUCUUGGUGAUCUUAUUUCCAGGAUGACUGGAAGGUUUUAUGGUGCUAUACAAUUCAUUGGAGGACUCCUCAUUAGCUCCGGAUGUGCCCUGUACCCACUGGGGUGGAACAGUCCUGAAAUCCAGCAGGCAUGUGGCAACACGUCCAGUCAGUUCCAAUUAGGUACCUGCAAACUUGGCUGGGCAUAUUAUUGUACAGGAGGUGGAGCAGCAGUUGCUAUGCUCAUCUGCACAUGGCUGUCAUGUUUUGCUGGAAAGAAGAAAAAGCCGUCCCUAUACUGA